AUGAGCUACAAAGGAUAUGAAGUGGCGUGCUCAAAGCACCCUGACUAGAAACUUACUCUUCUAAAUACAUCUAAAGGGUAAAAAUAGUGUCCUCUCUGUGUGGUAAAGGAUUCACUCAAGUCAGCUAAUCCUUCACUCAAGGAUAGAUAUUGCUUAAAGCAUCCUGGUUAUGAGUUAUUGUUCUUUUGUGAGGAUGAUCUUAAAGGCAUAUGUGAAAAAUGCUUAGAUUUGCAUGAGAAUUAGGGCCAUAAAGUUUAAACUAUUGCCUUGUAAGCCAGACUCUGCAAGAGAUAGUAUAAUGAAUUCAAGUCUAGCUUUCUUGAGCAACUCAAUGAUUGGGAGGAGAACUAUCAGAUAAUGGAGAAAGUUAAAUCUAGAGUAUAGAAAGAAGUAGAUGGUGUAAAAGGUGAUAUUGCUAAGGUCUUUGAUGAUUUAAUCAGAAUAGUAGAAGCCUAAAAAAUAGUCAUGUAGUCAUUAUAUCAGUAAAAGUGCGAAGAUAUGUAUAGAGAAUUCAAUGUUCUGUUUAAAGAGUGUUACAACAAGUACUCUGAGGUUAGACUGAUGAGGGAUAAACUGGAGGAGAUGGAUAAGAUUUAUAAUAAUCUCAAUGAUUAUGAUUUGCUGAAGGAAAAUGUAAUAAGAAAUCACACAUAGGUGUUCCAAAAUCAUAAUAAGUAAAUUGAAAGCACUCUCUAGGAUUUAUAGACUAAGAUUAUUGAUAUUCAACCGAAGAUAAGUUAGAAGUUUGAGUUUUCAAAUACCUUAGUUGAUACGGAUAUAUCCUAGAUAAUUAAUGAUCACUUCAAAGUAGACAUAAAACACGUAGACAAUACUCUAAAACUAAUAGAAAGCGCUCAAGCUCGAAAGAGCAAUUAAAAUGCAUUAAACUAGAGUCACCAUUCAAAUCAGCUGUAAUAGUUAGUAUCUAAUCACUUAGCUAGCAAUGUUAAUAUGAACCACUAGCCAUAACUUGAAUCACCUUAUCAUUAUAAUCACCUUGAGGAAGAACAGAGCUAGCAAGCUAUAAUUAAUAACAAUAACAACCUCUAUAAUAACAAUAACUUCAAUAACCAACUCAAUAUUUAGGAGAACAGCUUUCAUAAUUUAUCAACACGCUCAUUUGACAAUAAUUUUGUGGCUGAAGAGGAAUUUAAAAGACCAGAUGAUUUAAAUGAAACUUAAGUACUUUAGCCUAUAAGACUUUCAACUAUUCAAAGCAAACCAACUAAAAGGUCAACAUCAAUUAAUCAAAUUAAGCUAUUCAAAGGCUCUGAUCAGUUCCUAUAUCAAAUCGAUAGAAAUAGUAUGAUUCUCAGAUAUAUAAUGAAUGAUGUUGUGAAGGACUUUGCAUUAUUCAAUCACUCACUCAAGGACAUGAGAUCUAUGUAUCUAAAUGGAAUGAUCUACAUGUUUGAGGGUACUGAAAGUGUGUUCUCCAAUCAAAUACUAUACUUUAACUAAGAUAGAAGAUAAUUUGUGCCUAUGGUCUUGCAACUUGCUGUUUCUCGAAGAAAAUAUUCGAUCUGCACUUAAAGCCAGAGAUACUUAUACUUUGCUUCUGAGCUGGAGAAUAAUAAAGCUGAUAGAGCUAUCUUGGAGAGAUAUGAUACUCAAAGUAAUGUUUUUGAGGAGAUUUACGGCUUGAGUUCAAAUCAGGGAAAUUUCAUAAUUUGUAUAGUAAAUGAAAGGCUACUUUAUGCCUUCCCAAUAACUAUUAAUAUCCAGAAGACUUAGGUACUAGACCUGAAACAAUUAGACGAGACCCUGAGCUUCCAACCUAACAAAAGAGCUAAUCUGCAUCCAUCUAAACCAAAUGCUUUUAUACCAAAAUGGACUAAGGUUUCACAUAAAUUACCUUUAAAUUUUAGAGUAGUAUUGAACAGUAAGAGUCAUGCAAUACAAGUAAACUUUGAAGAAAUUUUGAUUACUGGCUCUAAGACUUCGUAUAUCUAUAACUUCAAAAAGGAGGAGUUCACUCACUAUAUAAACAAUCCCGUUGAGGAUGAAUUUUUAGAUGGCCUCUAUAAGAGUGAAGCCAACAGUACUUAGGUAGUUUGUUUUGGAGCUUAUGGCUUGCAUGUGUUUGACUGUAUGGCUAGAAAAUGGACGAUCUAUGAUGAGCUAGCUGCUAGGAAUUAUCAAGAAUGA